AAAAUGUUUGCUUUUUAUCCUUUUAAUCCUUUUAAUCAACAAUCACUAUAGUCAAUUAGUGUGAUAUGUAGAUGUUUAUUUCCUUGGCUACCUGCUAUGCAACAAGCCAUGUAACCAACAAAAAAAAAGAUGUUUAUUUCUUAAAGAAAAAAUAAUACUUUUCUUAUUUUUAAAUAUUUAUUGCAUCAAGUAAUAAUAAUUUUUUUAUUUUAAAAUAAGUUCCAAGUGUAUUUCAGCUAUACUAUAAAAACGUCAAAAGCAAUCCUCAAAUGCUUCCUAACCUCAAAAUUGUACUAUAAAUGUUUAAAUCAUUCUUUACAUUAGAAGCAGAGAAGUUCGUACUUGUAAAUUCAUCUAAAUAGAAUUACUUUACAAUUUUACAAGCGUUUAAAAGUGAUUCCUCUGUGUAGCACAUUUUGAAGGCGACAAUAUUUUGGAAAAUCAACAAUUGCAGGACAAUUGGAAUCCUAUUGAAAAUUACAAUGAUAUCGAUGUUUCAUUCACAUAUCGGACAAAAGAUUGUACAAGAUUAAGACACAUGAAUGCGUUUUCCAUUCUUCAAAUGAACAUGGAUGAGUCAAAUAAAUUGUGUGAAGAACAAAUAAUGAGUACGCCAGUACAAAAACUAAUAAGCAGUGAUGCAACAUAUGAUGCAAUAAUUAUAGAACAAUUAUGGUUUCAAUGUUAUUAUGCCUUAGUAAGACGGUUUAACUUUCCCCUUCUAAUUGGUUUAUCGAGUGUUGGAAAUUUACCAUAUGCUAUGGACUCUGUGGGUAAUCCAGAUGAUCCUUUACUUAAUGUCGAUAUGGCGUACGCAUUUAAUGAUAAAAUGACUUUGAAUGAACGUUUAUGGAAUGUGUUUUAUACAACAUGGACUAGACUGUAUUUCAAAUUUAUUCAUUUACCACACGCUCAGAUAAUUGCAAACAAAAUUGCCCCUGGUACGUCUGUUUUUGAAAUUGAAAGAAAUUUCAGUUUAGUAAUCCUAGGAAAUAAUCAUAUAUUUGGCUAUCCCAAGCCAUUGCUACCUAAUGUUGUUGAAGUUCAAGGUCUGCACAUAAAUGACAAUCUGGAUCAUUUACCACAGGACAUUCAAGAAUUUCUAGAUAAUGCUCCUCAGGGAGUCAUUUAUUUCUCUUUAGGAUCAAAUUUACAAUCAGAUCAGUUGUCAAACUCCACAUUAACUGAACUUUAUUCCGCGUUUGGAACAUUAAAGCAAAAGAUUUUAUGGAAGCAUAGAGGAAGUAAAACUACUGAAUUAAAAAAUAUCAAAUUUGUAAAAUGGGUACCACAGCAAGCUGUUUUGGCUCAUAAGAAUAUCAAAAUGUUUAUGAUGCAAGGUGGGCUUCAGUCUUUGCAAGAAGCGGUAUAUUACGGUAUUCCGGUAAUAUCAAUACCAUUCUUUGGCGAUCAGAAGUUUAAUACACGUAAAAUUUUGGAUUCUAAAAUCGGUCUCUCUUUGGAUAUAGAUAAUUUGUCUAGCAAAUAUAUUAUUCAGAUUGUGGAAGAAGUUCUGCAAAACCCACAAUAUGUAACCAACAUUAAGAAGAUGUCUGCUAUGAUUAAAGAUGAGUUGAUUAAACCAAUAGAAAAGACAGUGUGGAAUAUAGAACACUUGAUGAAAUUUCCAAAAGCUCCUUAUUUCUGUUAUAGAGGAAGAAAUAUAACUUGGUUAGAAUACUAUGGCACACUUACAGUUAUUUUUGUAAUUUUUAUAAUUUUAACUUUGACUCUGUUUUUAACUUUAAAAUUAUGUAAAAUGUUUUUGGUAAAAAUGUUAUUAGUAACUACGCUUAAAGAGAAAAAAUUUUGAAUGUAAUGCAAAAUUGCAAAUGAUUGUAAGUUUUAAAAAAAGUUAAUAAAGUUUCUUGGUUACGUUA